GGACAAUAUUUGUUGAAUACAAACGAAAAUGCUACCGUACACAUUUUGCAAAAUUUUUUGCAACUAAACAAGGCCUAAGGUUGGAGUGGAGAUCGCUCUCGCUUUGCGCAGACGCGCGCAGGACACGGUGCAAGCGCAACACGGACACGGCCGGCCUGGAGCCCUGGACCACCCGGGUGGGCUGCAAAUAACGCCACUCCCCCACGCAACGCAUCCAUCCCAUCCAUCCAUCCAUCCAUCCACAAAGAAAGCGUCAGUUUCCACCGAUUCCGAUCGAAACCGCUGGAUUUGGAUUCCUUUCCCCGACUCCGACUCCGUCUCCUCUGUCGCCGCCCGCUGCUGCGCUGCGCUGAGCCGCUGACACCACCUGCGUGCGAACCAGAGCAUCUCUGUCCGUCCCAAAUUCCUUCCUCUUCCUCCAAGCCUCCUCCAACCUCCGCUCCGCUCCCUGUCCCUGUUUCUCUGCAGCUGCAUCCAUCUCUCGGUCUUCGUCGGCGUCGUCGGUCGACCUCUGUCUCACUCACCUGCAACGACCUCCAUGGCCGGCAAAGCUGCUGCAGACACCGGGACCAACGAAGUCGAGGAGUCCUCCUCCUCCUCAUCAUCCUUGGCGGACGUGUACAAGGGCGAGCUGACGCCGCUGCAGAGGCACGUCGCCUUCUUCGACCGCAACAAGGACGGCAUCAUCUACCCCUCCGAGACAUACCAAGGGUUUCGAGCUAUCGGGUGUGGCGUCGCCCUGUCUGCUGCCGCUGCCGUCUUCGUCAACGGAGGACUUGGACCCAAGACCGUACCGGAGAAUGAGAAGAGUGCGCCGUUUAAGCUCCCAAUUUACGUGAAGAACAUCCACAAGGGCAAGCACGGAAGCGAUUCAGGCGUCUACGAUUCCAACGGAAGAUUUGUUCCUGAAAAGUUUGAGGAGAUUUUCAAGAAGUAUGCCCACACCAGGCCUGAUGCACUUACAGGCAAAGAGCUACAGGAGAUGCUGCAAGCAAACAGGGAACCUAAAGACUUGAAAGGAUGGCUGGGUGGCUUCACAGAGUGGAAGGUGCUGUACUCCCUCUGCAAAGACAAGGACGGGUUUCUCCACAAAGAUACUGUCAGGGCGGUCUACGAUGGCAGCCUGUUUGAAAGGUUGGAGCAAGAGAGGAACUCAAAGAAAGAAUCGAGUAAGAAGAAAUGAUAAAAAAUCCAGUCGCUCUUACGUGGACAAAUUUGUAAAUUAUGGCGUGCGCGUGGUUCGGUAAAUACCGUAAUUUGAUUGAUUCUAUAUGUUUGUCGAUUCAUAUGAAGAUAUUGCAAGUGUUUGUUGAACAUGUUUGAAUUAGCAAGACAUCCAUAGUUGUGAGCUUUGAUAGCCUUCCAUAAUUUGCAGUUCAUACUAUAUAUAUAAAUGUUUUUGUACGGUGCUUGAA